AUGUUUGGCCCAAGGCAGCUGGUAUCUACUCUCCUGCCUGCAGUCUUCCAUUCGCCUGCAGCCCACUUUUUUCCUGCAUUCCCAACCAGACUGAGCUCUCAACCUCAGAUCCUGAUCCCGGGGCCCUUUAUCAGCUACGAGUCCCUGAGAAGUUAUCUUCAGCCGGAGCCAUGCAAGGAGGCUUUGCUGCUGGCCACACAGGCAGUUGGGAUGGGGCAGCUCACAGAGGUCAUGGAUGAACAGAGGCCAGUGAAGCAGCGUCGUGCGCGGGCCAACUACAGCAGCUGGCAGCUGGAGGAGCUGGAGAAGGCCUUCGAGACCACCCACUACCCUGACAUCUUCAUGAGGGAAGCCCUGGCUGUUCGACUGGACCUCAUCGAGGCCAGAGUGCAGGUUUGGUUUCAGAACCGACGGGCCAAGAUGAGGCGACAGCUGAAACUGCAGGGCCAGCUUGCAGGGCAUUAUGCAAACAGAGACAUUGAUGAAACGUCUGGGAAACAGAGCAGAGGUUUAAAACCGCAGACAGAGAGUUCUGACAGUGAGCGCUGGGAGAGACGACAGGAAGGAGACAACAAUCCAUGGACAAAAACUGUGUGUGCUGCGAUGAGCGUGCCUAUGCAGCCUGUGACUCACAGGUCAGGGAAAUGGGAGAGACCGGAGGGGCCGGAGGAGCCGAGCUCAGAGGAUCUCCGCUCCUGCAGCAUCGCCAAGCUGAGGGCCAAAGCCCGAGAGCACGAGGCCGAGAUCCACAGCACUGUGAACACGUCAGGAGGCGACACACAAACACAGGAAGCUGAUGCCAAGCAAGAUGAUUGAUCAUUUCACAACCUUCCUGUUUGUACAGAUAAUCUUAGCCUACAGAACAGUCUGUAUGAUAGUGUGGCAUU